AUGUCCACCGAAAUCCGUUCCUCCAAACUAAAGUUCAAAGGCGAAAAGACUAAGAAGAAACGCAAACGCGAAGACGGCGACGACCCCUCUAGCACCUUUCGCCGAAAGCGCCGCGAAGACGAGGACAUGCCCGACGAAACAUGGGUCCGCCCCUCCGCCGCGCAUGAGAUCCGCGGCCCAACAUUCGUCGUGCACCCUAGCGACCCCGCACCGGUUUGCAUGUAUUUCGACACGACUAGGAACAAGAUCAUGCUGGGGCCGGUUGUGAAGGGUGAAGGCGAGGACGUGAAUGUUACGGAUCGUGUCCCGACGGAGGUGGGGCAGGUUUGGGUUACGACGAGGGUUGCCGGGGCUGGGACCAUCAACUUGCGUACGGGCGUGGGCGAGGGGAAGUUCUUGUCGUGCGACAAGCAUGGACUCGUAUCAGCCGACCGCGACGCUCGAGGGCCACAAGAGGAAUGGACGCCUGUAGUACUCGAAGAUGGGAUGGUGGCGUUUCAGAAUAUUUAUGAAAAAUAUCUGAGCGUGGAUGAGGUUGCGGGUGGGAAGUUGGAGUUGAGAGGGGACGCGGAUACGGUUGGGUUUAAUGAGAGGUUCUGGGUGAAGAUUCAGAGUAAGUAUAAGAAGGAGGCGAAUGAGGAGGAGAGGAAGAGUAAGGAGGGGUUGUUGGGACCUUCUAUGGAUGAGGCGGGGACAAAUAAGAUAUACCAAGCGUGGGGUGCAGGCCGGUCCGUUGUAUCCGAGAAGGAUAAGAAGGAUCUCAAGAAGGCGAAGAAAGAGGGCAAGCUCGCGGAGACUUUACUUGACCGUCGCCAGAAGUUGAAGAGUGAUCGCUUUUGCUAA